UGCUGUGUUUUGUGUGUGUGUGUGGGUGGGGUGGAUAUAAAAGAUAGAAGCAUGCAGCAGAACCUGAUGCAGAUGCAGCCCAUGAUGGCAGCCUACUAUCCCAGCAACGUCACUACUGAUCACAUUCAACAGUAUCUUGAUGAGAACAAAUCGCUGAUUCUGAAAAUUGUGGAAAGCCAAAACUCUGGAAAGCUGAGUGAGUGUGCCGAGAAUCAAGCAAGGCUACAAAGAAACUUGAUGUAUCUGGCAGCCAUUGCUGAUUCACAGCCUCAGCCACCAACAAUGCAUUCACAGUAUGCUGGCGGCGGUGGGGGGAUGAUGCAGGCAGGCUACCUGCAGCAGCACCAGCAGUCGCUCAUGGCCGCAGCGCGUUCCUCCAUGCUGUACGGGUCCCAGCCGUACCCGUCGCUGCAGCAGCAGCAGGCCCUGCACAACCAGCUCGGGAUGAGCUCUGGCGGGAGCCUGAUGCUGCAGGGUGAGCCGCACAGCGCAGGGGGCAGCUCGGGACUCGGAUUCCCGGACUUUGUGCGUGGCGAUGGGGGGAGGGGGUUGGGGAUGGGGAUGGGAGGCAAGCAGGAUAUGGGGAGCAACGGCGGCGAGGGGCGGGGCGACGGAGGCGAGACACUCUACUUGAAAAGCUCGGAUGAUGGGAAUUGAGGUGAGAGAAGCGUGGUUUGGUCGUUUAGUUGCGAGGAAGAGCUUGCUACUGUGAACUCGUAGUCUAAUUAGCGGAACAAACUCUUUGUUACUACUCUUUAUUUGCAUUUGGUAAUGACCGCGAUCUUUAUUUAGUAGUGGUAGUUUUAUGUGUGUUCUUUCUAAUCCUGUUAGUUUUAUGUGUGCUUCUGGUGACUUGGAACGAGUUGAACUUAAUGGUUAGAUUCAAAAAGUCA